CAUCUUGUGAGCAGAGCAGGAGCAGGCAACCUGCAGACUCAAGAAAUACUUCCGUGAUGACCACGGCAGGUGUGUUUGUGCUCCUCUCCUUCGUGAUUUGCUGUUUCCCGGAUGCUGCCCUUGGGGUUGAGGUGGACUGCAGUAAGUAUCCCAACACUACAAAUGAGGAAGGCAAAGAGAUGUUGGUCUGCAAUGAGAUCCUUGGCCCCAUCUGUGGCAGUGAUGAAAUCACCUACAGCAAUGAGUGCUUGCUCUGUGCCUACAAUAUAGAAUAUGGAACCAAUGUCAGCAAAGACCAUGAUGGAGAAUGCAAGGAAGGUGCUCCUGUGGACUGCAGUACAUAUCCCAACACAACAAAUGAGGAAGGCAAAGAAGUGUUGCUCUGUAGCAGAGACUCCAGCUUCGUCUGUGGCACUGAUGGGAUCACCUAUGACAAUGAGUGCCAGCUGUGUGCCCGUAGCAUAGAGUCUGGAAGCAGUAUUGGCAAGAAGUCUGAUGGUGAAUGUAAGAAGGACAUUGUUACAGUUGACUGCAGUGACUACCCCAAACCUGCCUGUGUGGUUGAUUACAGGCCUGUCUGUGGAUCUGACAGCAAAACAUACAGCAAUAAGUGUGAAUUCUGCAAUGCAGCCAUGGACAGCAAUGGGACUCUCACUUUAAGCCACUUUGGAAAAUGCUGA